CUGAAGUGAAUCUGAAGGGCACCCUGGACGAAGUGUGUUCAGCAACAGUACCCUUCAUUCCUUCCUUCUGCACCCCACCACUUGGUCGCGAUUGCGCUCAGCAACAGUCGCGUGGUCCAGCCUGUACCGCCACUAUUUUAGCUCCAUUUCAUCCACCUGUUCGCCCUUUACCACCAACUCAUUUCACUUUGACCCCUGAAACUUACCCGACGUCAUUCCUACACCAACCGACAGUCGCUGCCGCCCCUCAGCCGACGCCUUUUCGCCUCCACGUUCCAGCGUCUGUCGCCGCCGCCCCGCCGCCGCCGGCCUUCAUCUACAGCUACCCUUUAGAGCGAGGUGCCCUGCCCGUGACUUGCCCCGUCUCCACCACCACCCGCCACCUACCACCACCACCACCAGCCUGCUGCAACCCACCACCAGUUUUGUCACCUGCUGAUACGUACAGCAGCAGCCAUCAUCACCACCCCGGUGUGAUUCUCUUAGCGACCGCUGCUCUGGAUCCCUCUAGCGUUGUAGCUGCGCCGCUCGUGUCGCUGCAGGCUACUCCACCAUCUCCACCCUCCUCCACCACGAGCCCUCCUCACUUGGAACCUUCCCCCAGCCCUCAUUUGGAUUCUCAUCCCUCCAUCAUCGUCAAAUCUUCCUUCCCCUCUUGCUCCUCUAUAAGCACGUGUUCCACCACUGCCACCAACCACCAUCAAAGUAUGGCUGCCAUUGAGAAACCCUUAACCGACGGUCUCUCAGCCUCCCUCUCCAUGAGACUUCUCAUGCAAGGAAAGGAAGUCGGGAGCAUCAUCGGCAAGAAAGGUGAAAUCGUCAAACGUUUCAGAGAGGAGUCUGGAGCCAAGAUCAACAUCAGCGAUGGAUCGUGCCCAGAACGCGUGGUCACGGUCACGGGCACCACAGAAGCCAUCUUCGCUGCCUUCAAACUUAUUUGUGCCAAAUUUGAAGAGUUCCUGGGGCAGAUGUACCAGAACAACAGUUCAAUGGGCGGGUCUGGGCAGCGACCACCCAUCACUUUGCGGCUUAUCGUGCCGGCAUCGCAGUGCGGUUCGCUCAUCGGCAAAAGCGGAUCUAAAAUCAAGGAGAUCCGCGAGGUGACGGGCGCUUCCAUCCAAGUUGCGUCUGAGAUGCUGCCUAACUCUACGGAGCGCGCCGUGACCGUGUCUGGCACUGCUGAGGCUAUCACUCAAUGUGUUUACCAUAUCUGCUGCGUUAUGCUCGAGUCGCCCCCGAAAGGCGCGACCAUCCCGUACCGACCUAAGCCACAAGCGGCUGGCGGGCCUGUGAUCCUGGCUGGUGGACAAGCUUACACCAUCCAGGGUAACUACGCCGUGCCCUCAGCUCCUGAUGUAAGUACCUCGCCGUUCUGUCCACCUCCUCCAGGAGGGCCUCCUGGCCCCUUUAUGACCGCCCAAAUGAGCCCUCUGUUGGCCCCAGUACCUGUCUCGGCACCAUCGCCUGGCCCACCUCAUACUGGACACCAUCACCACCACCAGUUCCUGCCACAAAUGGCCCCUGCGCCGCCCCACAUUCAGCAGAUGCCUCCUCCGCACCCUGCUGGACCGCAUGAACAUCUCAAGAAUGGUCAUUUUCCUGGUCAGCUGAUAAUCCAACCUCACCUCCACCAUCUACAGGAUGUGAGCAAGCUGGCAAACUCGCCGCUGUCGGGCCUGCUGGGACUCAGCAGUCUCAUCAGCAUGAGCCCUGCCAUGACACCUGGCGGUGGCAACAACUCUGAUGCUCUGGCUGCACUGGCGGGUUCUCAGCUGCGCUCUCCGGUGGGCACGGGCGCCGGGUCGCAGACCCAUGAGAUGACGGUUCCUAAUGAGCUCAUCGGCUGCAUCAUCGGCAAGGGCGGCACUAAAAUUGCUGAGAUCAGGCAAAUCACGGGCGCCAUGAUCACCAUCAGUAAAUAUGAUGACGGGUCCGAGGACGCCAGCAAGCAGGACCGCACCAUCACCAUCAAAGGCAACGCUGAUCAGGUGGCUCUGGCCCAGUACCUCAUCAACACCAGGAUAGCAAUGGAGACAGCUGGUUUGGGCAUGGCUGGAGUUGGCUAUCAUUAUGUGGCUCCCAACCAUAUAGUUCGGGCACCAAUCAACUGAUGCUCCGUGACACCGCCCUUUCCACACCCAUACUGCAACCAACACUCGAUGCAUGGUUCCCCACUAGCGCUUCUGGCUCCUAGAGGAGACCAUUUCCCUGCAGUUGAGUGCUCUUCAUGUUGGCAUACGUCGGCCGGUCCCGAUGUGCCCAUUGCUCUCCAGCCUCUCGCUCCUCCUCCCCGCCUCAUUGAGACGUCGAUCAUCUAUCAGCCUGUCUUGCCUCAACAUUCUCGUCUGCCAUCUCACAUGAAGCCUAACAUGUGUGUUCCACCAGCUAUCGCUAACGCGCCGAAUUGUUCGGCAGCCUACUCCGGCACUUCAACAUCUCAUCAACAACAUUCUAUUGUGAUUUACCAGCAAAUUCAUCCGACUCGUGGAACGUUUUUCUCGCCAUUAGACGGAUCGAGAAAUUUUCAAGAAUAUCCUUCCCAUUUAUCUCACGUUCCUCACACUCAUUUUGAACAGAUCACGAGUUUGGAACAGUUUAAUUCAUCUGAACUGUCUCAGCAACACAGCAAUUCUUUCGGAAAGACUCUUCCCCAGCUCAUGCCGAACGGAGAAUAUUAUAAUCCAUUGAGUACACCAGGGACUGACCAGAAUAAUUGUAAUGAACUUUUUUCGAGUGUGCAUUCAGUAGUCUCCUUGAACUCGCCCCAAUCAUCAGAAUUUGGAAAUGGAGCAUCCUGUAUGAGUUACGAUACGGUUGGCUCUUCGAAUGAUUUACAGAAUAGUGAGAGGGAGAGACAUCGAUCAACUAACGCCUCACCUCCAGUUAUACCAUUCAAAGUUGCUUCUGGUCCAUGCAACAUAUCUCCCACGCGGGAGUUCAUUUUUAAUUACAAUGAAAAUAAUGACGGCGUUGAAGCUCAAUCAUCCUACGCAAUUGUUGAAAGUGGUAGUAUUGGUGGCAUUCAAUCUACUCAACAGCAAGUUGAUAUGCAGCAGUCGCUCAACAAUUGGGUAGUCAAGAUGGAAGCCCCGAAGCAUUAUUCGACAUCCCCAAACCAUCUGUGUGGACUAAUUUCAGUGUAUCCCACUACUCCAAUCGUCAUUUAAGGAAAAGCGGCAGUAAUGGAAAAUGGUCGAACCAUGCGCUUAGUUUGGAACUCGAUGCGUGGAAGAAUGAAACUAGAGAGACGACGAAUUGAGCGAUACAUAUUCAAAGGUAGUGGGAAAACUGUGUAUGGCCCGAAAUUUAAAGUAAAAUUUAACGAAAAGAUGCGACCACGCCCACUCGCUAGAUUUGUUGAGGGAAGUGUCUUCCCAAAAAGCUUCUUACAUCAGAUUAUGGGAGUAAUAAUCUUAGAAAAUCGUGGCAUCUGAUUGAAACUGAUCCUUGUAAGGAGUAAUGAUCGCAUUUUGGCAUAGCAGAUAUUGUCCUUCGAGAGGUUGUUAACCUAGGUGGAAUCGAGUUUUGAUGACUGCUGCUCCGAUACUGAUACAUUAGAGCGAUCUACGAGGCGAUUCCAUGGAAGUAUAAAGCUUGGAAUAUUAUCUGUAUUGAAGUGAAGAUUACGUCUUUCAGUAAUUGUGUGUUGUUUGAAAUAAAGCAUCAGAUAUUGUUGCUGUUGUAAUGCAUCGUUAGCAAAUAUUUUUAUCGGUGUCUCGUAAUAUCUUUAAAGGUACCUUGUUGUUGUUAUAAGUGUUUUGUUGCGUUCAGUAAUCUCGUCGAGUCCUGAAGGUAUUCUCUGACGGUAGGGCUUGCAGUCACUAGAAAAUUGCUAGUAAACUGAUAUAAUUCGAUGUUGUUUCUUGUAUAUACAUGACUAUCUUGAGCAAUCAAUGCAAGGAUAGCUUCUGACAAGCUUGGAUCAAUUCGACUGACAGGAAGACCAUGUUGGUACAGAAUGUUGAGGCGGGAAAAUGAUGCAGUGAUGCCGUAAAACAACCUAGUUAGAAAUGGACGAGUAUUGACUGGCAUGUCGCUGUAUCGUUAGCUGACUGAAAACUUCCCUCUUUUCUAAGAUUCACGAAGUCUCGUCAACAGCUUCUGCUGCUUACAGAGUUGAGCUUAACUUUAGCUUUAGUAUUAUCUAAGGAAAAUCUAGUUACGCUAAAUAAUCGAUAGAUAAUCUAUUCUGUAGAAAAGCAGAAUUUUAUAUAACUUGACUUCCUAUGAGUGUCUGUUAGAGACAACAUUCGUAAAAGUUAUUUCUAUUGUGAUGCUUCGAAUGUUUCCUUAAUAUUCAGAUUAUUUUGAUACUCUUAGCUUCCUUGAAGAGUUCUUUGAACAAUACCCAACUGCUUAGAUUUUUUCGACACUUGCUUGAAAUUAUCACAAUUUUUUACUAGCCUUGCUCCUACAUUACAUUUGCCUCCAGGAGACUGCAUCGACCAGUCCUAUCUCUAGUCAGCAUGUGCCAAGGUGAAAACUCCAACCGAAGUUGCGUUUAGCAAAAAAAAGUAAAUCUUGCGUGUGGAGGGAAUACUUUUUUCAAUAGUCUUAGGCAUUUAGUUUUUUGUGAUUCUGUUUUAGAUGGGAUUCGCCAGAAGUUUACUCUCGAGUAAGGUGAGAAAACUACGUGUUUUGUGAGCAUUCAUAUUCGAUAUUUUAGCUUAAUUUGUUGUUGUGGAAAGCUGGAGCUCAUCAGUAUUCGAUAUUUACUGUGCGUGCCACUCUGUUGUGCGAGACUGUGAAUCUUUGUGCUUAUCUUGCUGUUUAAAGCGCUAAACCCUGAUUGUACGAUGGAUAGUGUCUAUGUUAUAGUGUCCUAGGGACUACAGGCUCAAUGCAUUUCGGUGUGUAACAGGGAUAUUAGUCUUGAAAAAGAUACGUAUAUUGCUCAAGUACAAUGUUGUCAUUUAUUGUCAAUUUCAAUUCUAGACGGUCACUCCCCUUAAAUGUUCUUUGCAAAUCUCGACGUAUUAAUUUAAUAGUCCAACUCCUCGUAACCUCAAUCAUUAUUGUCCAGAUAGUAAGAAUAUGUGAGCCCAUGGAUACAAAUGCAUUCGAACUCGUUAGCAUUUCAUCGAUAAUGCUGCAAUGACUUCUAUGUAUAAUCUUGCAAUGGCCUCUACUGCCGUAUACGACAAUAACCAUGUUUGCUAUAAUUCUAAUCUUAACGUGAAGGCGGCAAGAAUCGUACCAGAUUCCGACUCAAUAAAUGACACUUCUGUAGAAGCUUUCACUGUUCAGUUUUGUCAGCGAUGGACACUAUAGUUUCAUGGCAAUGUGAAGAGAUCACAAAUCGAUUUGUGUGGAGCGAGAUGUUUCACUAAUUUUUCAUCUUUGAUGAAAUGGACAAAUAUGUCUUGACUAUUACCGAUAUCUUUAUAAUAAUCUAUUGGAUAGCGUGACGAUACGUCAGUGAAGUGAUAUCCGCAGGAAAACGUGCAGUAUUAGUUAUAAAAGAUUUAAUUUGCUAAAAUUAUUCAUUUGUAGUAACGCUAAAAUAACUCAAUACCAAGCAAUGAGCUGCACGGUAUGGAAUUCUUCAACUGCGCGCUUACAACGGAUAUAAUUGUUUUUUAAUUCAGUUUACCAUAAAAUCUGCCGACUUUGAAAAUAGAUGCUUUUAGACCUAAUGUUGUUUUGUUGGUUUUGUGUAAUGAAAUCUUUAUCAUUAUCUUUAUUAGUCUAUUUAUUAACAGUAGGUUCUUUACUUAUUGCUCGUUGCUCUUUGCUUUGGUCGGCUGUGGAAUAUUUGCGAGAUACGUUCGUAUGUCGAAAGCGUUUCACGGAGCCGAUAAUGUAAAGCGUACUUUAGUAUUAUCUUAUAUUCUUCCAAGACGGUGCUCUGAAAACUAAGUUUCAGGCCAGCAUCAUGAAUUUUUAGUUUUAGCAUUGAAUACUACCGAAUAAUAUCUUUGAAUUAGUAUGUAAUUCAACAUACAGACAUAGUUCGCGAGUGUACUCUUAUAGCUGUACCAGUUUAUUGGCAACAGCGAGUUUUAUCGAUCGCAUGUUUAUCUUAACUAGAUAAUAUAGCUUCAAUGAUGUGCACAUGAAGCUGCGUACAUAUAAGACUAUCAUCAUAACGUUUACUUAGCAGCAAAUGCAGUAAGACGCAACGAGCUUAAUUCAGUUUAAAUAUUUAUACGGAAAUCGAGAUUUUUCAGGUUAAUAAUCACUUGCGAUGCUUUGAAAAUAGAGUAGGAGGAAGAUGAUUUUUGAUAAGCCGUUGAAAGUUUAUUUCUUUGAAGUGUGUUGUUUGUAAUUGUUUCAUUAUUUAAGUUUAAGAUGUACUCAGGAUGAAUAUAAAGCUUUUUCUAGGCGUGGAACUUGAUGCUCGUAUGGUUGUGACGUAGUGGCUCUUCAACCAUUACGACUGAAUAAAAAAUUGUAACGCGUUAGAUUAGUUUCAGAUUAUUUCUUCGUUAUGUCCAGAGACCAUAGAGAAUUUCUUGUUUUCUAACAAAAUUGUGAUUAUUGGGAAAAUUAAAGCUGCUAAACGAACAAGAAUCCAGCAAGUAAUGCACUUGACGUAAUGCACAGACUCCUUUGGCUUUGGACUCUAUUUAUUUCUAAAAAAAAACAAUUAAUGGAAUUUUUGGUGCGUAUAAGAUCUGAUAAAGUGUAGGUUGUAGUUUCAUAAAUAGGCAACUUUGUGCUAGAAAUAUAAGUCAGUUUGCUUGAUAUAUAUAUAGCAUAGGUAUAUUAGCUCACUUUUUAUGGUCGAAAAGAUAGGCGUAGUUUGUAAUGUAAUCAUAUCAGGAAUGGGCCUAACAUUCAUUUGACUCGAGCUCGUGGAUAGAGGAAUACAAAAAAAAAUGAAAAAUAAAAGCAAGUCUGCGAUGAACUGGAAUGCCCGACUUGCUCAUUGGAGCACACAAUUUAACGCUAAUAAUUUUUGGUUGCACCAUCUAUUACUGCAAAAGUUUCAGACCUAACUUACACAUUUAAAACAUAUCAGGAAGAGCUUUCAAUUGACGUACUACUACUACUACUCCUACUGUGUCUUGUUCAUCUCUGCAGUUUUUGCCUUAUGACGCAACGUACCAGGGUGACUGUUAGCUGCUCGGCCGUUAGCGGCGAGCUUUCAUCAUUGCUAGCAGGCAGGUCGUGUAUGGCGACCUCGAGUCUCAGGCCAGCAGAUCUACCUACAUCUUUCUAUGCCACUCUUCCUCUAAGAGAUCAUUAUUUUCUUUCCUCGUAUCUAAGAGAAAGAGGAAGCGAUAUAUCCUGUCUAUUGUAAUCAAAUUCUUUUAGCAAUGGAAGGAUACGUAGAGAGUCACGUCGUAUUCUUGGCUACCGACUUGAUGCUCAUUUAUUCCAGAAAGUUUAAUUCUGGAUGGAAUCUUGAUAAUCCGUAACUUAAUUAAGUAACGAUUUCAAAUUCAACCUAAACUCUCGAUGUAUGAUUCAGAUACUCUAUCACCGAUCGGAAGCAGAUAAAAUAUUGUUGUCAACUUUUAUUUUACUUUUGAUGUGAAUCCCAAUUAAUUAUGAGCUUGGACAAACUCUGAUGCUUUCAAACGACUUCAAGAUAUGUUGUCUGUAGCUAAUAUUCAUAGAUGAGAAAUGGUCAAUAAAUAGGCAUUGGAAUCAACUCUUACGAGUCACACCAUCUCGUGGAAUAAAAUUAGUACCUUAUACUUUUGUUCUGCCAUGUUGACUCGGAAUUACAAACUUCAAGGAAGAUGAAGCAAAUUAGUAACAACAUAUUGAGAUACGUAGUAGUUACAGCAUCUAAUCAGACGUCGUAUUAUUUUCUAUAACGCAGUCUGGCGUUUGGGAUAAGAAGCCACAAUUAACAUAGCCGCACCGACAGACGUUUGUUACUACAAAAAAAAACUGAACCUUAUCUGUUCGAUCAAAUUUGAUAUUAGGUAUUAAUUUGCUCGAGCUUUGAAGAUACUGGACAUCUUAAAUUCAAUAACUUUAAAACGCUCAAAAUUGUUCUCUAUUCAAAACUUGACGCAAGUAAAACCACUCAAGGAUGGCUUAGCUCAUCUCCGAUACACUGGAUAUCAUAGCUGAUUUUCAAUAUUAAAUUGCUUAACAAUCUGUCCCAAAGAUUAGAUAAGUGAUUGUGAAUGUACAGUAGAGGCCUUCUUGUCGUCCUCGAUGAUACCCAAAGUAGUUAAGGCCACGCGUGAACCCAACAACUGCAUCUAGCAAGUAACCAUUAGUUCAGUCUUCACUUCAUGCAGCUCUGCUCACGACAUUGCGUUCAAUACGUAAUGAAGUUUCCAACUAUUAUAUAUCACUAACAAAUUAUUGAACCACGUAAAUAUUUCCUCACUGUGGUAUCACUAGCUUGAAUACCACUUUUACUACUGACCUUGAACACAAAAGUAUCAUACCGGAGGCUAAUAAUGCCUCAAAAUCUCUAACCAAAUCGACGACUCUCAGAAAAUAUUUCCGAUUCAAUAUAGUCCUCGCCAGCUACGUUCGUUCAUAUCAACCUUGAUGAAUGAAUUCCGACAUUAGUAGAUGACAAAGCUUUGCACGAUACUCGAGUUGAACUGGUUAUAGAUAAUAUUCAUGAUACAACACAGCAUAUGUGAAGAAUUGAUUUGUUCUCUUCGGGAUUGGUUUUUUUUUACAUUCACGGUUCACCUGAGCGUAUAUAAUUGCUCAGGGCGCAAUCGUUAACACAAGCGUUUUUCAAUUCGAAUAAGUGCCCAGGCCACAGAAUUGCGCAUAAAUAAACUAAGAAAAACUAACGACAAAACAAAAAGUUUCAACACAUUUAUGUGAUCUAGAAUUAAAAACAACUCUAUAAUGAAGCAAGUGACAUUUCAACAGAAGCAUAUAUUCACCACUCACGAGUUCGUACUAUCCCAACAUACCAUAGGUAUUCUACGUUCACAUCUUGGCCUAAAUUCGUACACAAUUGAGGUCAUCCAUCUAUCUUAAAAAUUAUAACUAGUCUAUAGAAUUUUUCUACAAUGACGAACAAUCAUGAGCAUCAAUAGUACCUUAAAUGAAUAGCUUCCAAUUCCCUGUACUUCCUUUGAAUAUAUCUUUUCUUCCAAUACAGAAUGGAGCCCC